AUGAGGUGUAUUAGAGAAAACACUACCAAUGUCAUAAUUUCAACCGUAACUACGAAACAAAUUGAAGAACUUAAUAAGCUAUUGCAACGAAAAAUCAAUAGUGUUCCUGGAAUCACAAAAGUUCAUCAAAUGACAUGGGACUCGCACGUGGCGCAAAAAAUAUUUUUACAAAAAUUAACAUGCCUGACAUGCGCCUCCGGAGAACGGUAUCUACACUACUCGUUGCCCAACAGUUAUGUGGAAUUUUCUAACCCAUUGCAUAUUUUUGAAAGUCUUGAACUGGAAUCGGAAACUGAAACGCCGCCGGUUGAAGUAAACGAGGAAAACUUAGAUCGGCGGGAAGAAACAGAUGAGAGAGAUAGCGAAGAACAGGAGGAGGAAGAACUGGCUAGUGAGACUGAAGAACAGGAGGAUAAUGAACUGGACAGUGAGAGUGAAGAACUGGAGGAUAGGGAACAGAAUAGUGAGGCCGAAGAACAGGAGGAUUGGGAACCGAAUAGUAAGGCGGAAGAACACGAGGAUGAGGUACUUGACAGUGAGAGUGAAGAACAGGAGAAGGAGGAACUUGAUAGUGAGACUGAAGAACAGAAGGAUAAUGAACUGGAUAGCGAGACUGAAGAACUGGAGGAUAGGGAACUCGAUAGUGAGACCGAAGAACAGGAGGAUUGGGAAUCGAAUAGUAAGGCGGAAGAACACGAAGAUGAGGUACUUGACAGGGAGAGUGAAGACUUCAACAUUUUCUGA